UCUGCGAGUUCACUUCUUCACAAAUCCUUAUCUCCCCUGCGUCACAGACUCACGGCUCGCAGCGCGAAGAGCCGAAGAUGCACGCGUGCCGUGUUCCCGCCGCUGGCCCGCUGCUCUGCCCAGCCAUUGCCAUGCUACUGCUCGCUCUGCUACUAGCCAGCCUUCCUACCACCGCCGCCGCCGCCGCCGUGAAAAUGUCGAUGGUGCCAUGCGCGCCGGCGCAGUGCGGGAACCUCAGCAUCUACUACCCGUUCUGGCUCACGGGCACGCACCAGCGGCACUGCGGCUACAAGGCGUUCGAGGUCACCUGCGAGGAGCGGAAGGUGUACCUGAAGAACUCGUACUGGGCGUACCAGGUCCUGGACAUCUCGUACGAGAACAGCUCGUUCGUCGUCACCAACGUCAACCUGCAGAAGGACGGCUCCUUCUGCAACCUCAAUCUCGUCAGCAACGCCUCCUCCGGCCUGAGCGCCGCGCCGUUCAGGAUCAGCAGCAGAAACCUGGAGCUGUUCUUCCUCAGCGGUUGCCCGGGCCAGGCACGGCAGCGGCAGCCGUCCCCUCCUUCUUCUUGGGCGCAAAUGAAUUGUAGCGACUACGACAACGGCUCGGCCGCCAAGUCGUUCGCGUGGCUUGCUGGCAAGUACAGGCCCGACGACACCUUGAAGCCGCCGCUGCCGCUGAACUGCACGGUGUCGUCAUUGAUGCCGGUGCUGGGAUACCAGGGGGCGGGGCCGGCCGACUACGACCGCCUAAUGAAUCUUGGGUUCCUUCUCGAGCACAACUUCACGGCGGAGGACUGCGCGGCUUGCGCUAGCACCGGCGACAGGUGCUCGGUCGACCCCGACGACGACCAGCUGGUGUGCAACUGCUCCGACGGCCAGUACUGGUUUUUCUGCGGUGCCAACGGGAAAGGCAGGAAGACAAUACUAAUAGUUUCGAUUUCAGUAGCUGCAAGCUUGUUCCUACCAUGUAUAUAUGUGUUGGUAUGGCACAGGCAAAAACUCAGGUUUUUCCUAUGCAAAAAAACCAGCAGCAGCAUACAAGAGAACAUUGAGGCUCUAAUAUCAUCGUAUGGAUCACUAGCUCCAAAAAGAUACAAGUACUCAGAAGUAACAAAAAUAACAUCAUGCAUAAAUAAUAAGCUUGGAGAAGGUGGUUAUGGCGUGGUUUUCAAAGGAAUGCUAGAUGACAGUCGUCUAGUUGCAGUGAAAUUCCUGCAUGACUCCAAAGGUGAUGGUGAGGAGUUUGUGAACGAGGUUAUGAGUAUUGGCAGGACAUCUCAUAUUAAUAUUGUUAGCUUAUUUGGGUUUUGUUUGGAAGGCUCAAAGCGGGCCCUAAUAUAUGAGUAUAUGCCAAAUGGCUCUUUGGAUAAGUACAUAUACUCAGAUAACCCAAAGGAAGUUUUAGGAUGGGAUAGGCUCUAUACCAUAGCAAUUGGGAUCGCUCGAGGGUUGGAAUACUUGCACCAUAGUUGUAAUACACGCAUAGUCCAUUUCGAUAUCAAGCCUCAAAAUAUCCUUCUAGAUCAAAACUUCCAGCCAAAGAUUGCUGAUUUUGGUUUGGCAAAGUUAUGUCAUACCAAGGAGAGCAAGCUUUCUAUGACUGGUGCUAGAGGUACACCUGGGUUUAUAGCUCCUGAAGUACAUUCUCGAACCUUCGGAGUUGUUUCUACAAAAUCAGAUGUUUAUAGUUAUGGAAUGAUGUUACUAGAGAUGGUUGGAGGCAGGAAAAAUGUUAAAUCAUUUGCUCAAGUUUCAAGUGAAAAGUAUUUUCCACAUUGGAUUUAUGACCACUUUGGUCAAAACGAUGGAUUACUGGCAUGUGAAGGCACACCUGAAAAAGAAGAAAUCGCCAAAAAGAUGGCUCUGGUUGGUAUGUGGUGCAUCCAAAUAUUACCAUUGCAUCGCCCUACUAUAACAAAGGUUUUGGAAAUGUUUGAUAGAGGCUUAGAUGAAUUGGACAUGCCACCGAGGCAAAACUUCAGUCAAACAUUUGAAGAUCCGACUUACAAUUUCAACGCAGAAAAUAUGAGCACUAGCAGUGGUACCAAAACACAAAGAUGAAGAGAUAAAAAUUCGGUCAGGGAGGGAUGACCAUCAAAAUGACCCAAACAACGGUCCCGACCGAGAAAAUCUCCGACCACUGGCCUCCCAUCACUAACAAGAUAUCGUAACCAGAGAGCGGACGAGGCACAAUACGAGAUUUUUUUAACUAAGCCCGAAAAUUCGUCCUGAGGGUAAUCGAAUCUGGGACUUGAAGAUUAACCACUAGGCUAGAGACCCUUUCGCAAAGAUGAAGAGAUAAGCACUUUGAAUUCAAAAUUUAUAUGACAGUUACCUUACCAAUAUUACCAACAACUCUGUAAAAUGAUACCUUACAACAUCGAAAUUCGACAUUAAACUUCUGUAUGUAUAUAUGUGAGAUAUUUUAAAUUUGAA